CUUUGCCUUUGCUCGUCUAUAAAUAGACAAGAUGGUAGCAUCCACUGGACCACCAAGUGAGGGCUAACACACACACACUAAACUGCACACUAGCGAGUAGCGACUGAUCAAGAUCGAGGCAUCAUCAUGUCGAUGAUCACCAGCAUAUUGGGCGGCCGCAGGCAUCAUCAGCAGCAGGGGCAGCAGCAGAAGGGCAACGGCGCGCGCACCGGCAGUGGCGCAGGCGCCGGCGGCGCGGAGACGGGGGCAGUGGAGCCCGUGAGCAUCGACAUCAUGGAGCAGCCGCUGGUGGACGCGAUCACGCUGGCGGCGUUCACGGCGCCGGCGCUGGGCCUGCAGCCGUUCGCGACGGCGAGCAUGGACUGGAAGGAGACGCCGACGGCGCACGUGUUCAUGGCGGACCUCCCGGGGCUGCGCCGCGACGAGGUGAAGGUGGAGGUGGAGGAAGAGAAGGUGCUCAAGAUCAGCGGGCAGCGGCAGCGCGCCGCCGAGGAGAAGGGCGACCGCUGGCACCGCGUGGAGCGGAGCAACGAGCGGUUCGUGCGCACCGUGCGCCUGCCGCCCAACGCCAACACCGACGCCGUGCAGGCGGCGCUCCAGGACGGCGUGCUCACCAUUACUGUGCCCAAGGACAACGACCGCAAGGCCUACGGCAGGCUCAUCCCCAUCACCAAUUAAUUACUCUAUCUAGUCCCAUUUCCAUAUAAUACUCUAUGAUCAUCACUUCCAUUCCAUAAUAUUUCUCUCUCUCUUUCACACCACUACGAAUACUUCACUUACCAAGUUACCAUAUAUAGAGUGUGAUCGGAUCAUUAUCACUGAAUAAAUAUUCGUGGUUAGCUGAUGUCUAGUAAGGACUUGUUUGUCUGAACUCCAAUUCACUCCAAUCCAUAUGGGUCGAUGAUCGAGAGGAAUCGAGGUGAAAAAAUAACUAAUUUUUCACCUAAUCUUUUUUCAGCCCUUGUAAAUUGCGGUGGAUUGGAGUAGAAUCAAACAAGUCUAGAGAGUGUCAUGGAGAGGGAUGAAUACAGUAAGUGAUGAUUUGCAUUGUUGCAAGGUAUAUGAUGCUUGCAUAUGGUGCUUGUCACCACUUGCACCAACUUGUUUGGCGAAAGACAUUGUUCCGAGCAUAACUUUGAGAAUAAAGUCGAGUCUUUUGUGUGUGCCUUUA